AUGACAAAUCGACCUCAAACGUUUUUAACGAGAAAAAAUGUCGUUUGUUUUAUAAUUGCAACUCUGAUGUACAUAUGUGUAAAUGUUACUGAAUUUCUCCUCUACCAUCUUGGAGGAAGGAAGAGUGGUAUUUGUGAACUGAGCAUGUGUUACAGUUAUUGUGGUUCAUCAAAGCACAGCUGUGUGGCAACAUUGAAUAGCGAUCUGCUAUCGGGACAUUAUGGAGAUGAUGUUGGAUUUAUUCAAGAAACAAAUGACGCAUUUGUCAUUGGUAUCGCUGAUGGUGUCAGUGGUAAUCGUUCUUGUGGUUUAAAUCCAUUUUUAUUCUCCCAAGCGUUAUUACGUGAAUGUCAGUUACUCGUAGAGUAUGAAGGACAACGAAUGGCUUCGAAUUUGAAAGGUUUGACGUAUCGUGCAUUAAAACGUGUCGAAUCCAAAUCAAUUUAUGGUAGUUCAACGUUGUGUCUUCUUUCAUUAAAUAAAAAAGCGUUUAAACUCGAUACGAUGAAUUUGGGUGAUAGUGGCUUCGUAGUUAUUCGAGAAUCAACGAUAGUAUAUAAAUCUCAACCACAAUAUCAUAAAUCACGUUCACCUUAUCAACUGUGUACAACACCGCCCAAUUUUAACAUGAACGAGAAACGAUUGUACAACGAUAAACCGAAUUUGAGUGUUGUUGGCUCAUUCACAUUAGAGCCAAAUGAUUUGAUUUUAUUGGCGACAGAUGGACUCUUCGAUAAUUUAUACGAAGAUUUUAUUUUACAAAUAAUUAAUAAACAUUUGUGUUUAGACGAUGUUAAUCAGGAUAUGCUGAAUCAUACGUGUCAACUACUUGUACAGAAUGCAAAGAAUGCUCAUAUAAAGCCAGAUGAUAUCCUUGUGAUGUUAUUUUCAAUUCGUGAAUGUCCCAAUGUGAUAAUAAAUUCAUCAUCGACCCCACCAUCACCCAUUCCACUUUCAUCUUCGUCCUCUCUGGAAUCAAACGAAUCGGUGACAACAUUCGACGAAGCAGAUGACGACGUCGAUGAUCACGUCAUGGAUUUAUUUAUAUUCAACGAAUAG